AUCCCAUGCCAAGUCUGAAAAAAGACAGGUGAAGUUUCAAGGCUUCCGCAUCACAAAGCUGGAAGCCUAGCCAGCCCGCCGCCCCACAAUGCCCCACGGGGCGGGGAGGGGGGACGAGGAGGGGGAGUUCUACGGGGCAGGGCGGGGCCUAGGGAAGCUAGGGAAGCUGCGUCCAGAAGACACUGCGCAGGCGCAAUAGGUAGUCCUCUCCUGGACAGCUGCAACUGAGGAGGGAAGAUGGAUGAUUUGCAGGCUUCGGAGGAGACUUCUUUUGUGGUUGAUGAAGUGAGUAACAUUGUAAAAGAGGCCAUAGAAAGUGCAAUUGGCGGCAAUGCUUAUCAACACAGCAAAGUGAAUCAGUGGACCACAAAUGUAGUAGAGCAAACUUUAAGUCAGCUUACCAAGUUGGGGAAACCAUUCAAAUACAUUGUGACCUGUGUGAUUAUGCAGAAAAAUGGAGCUGGGCUACAUACUGCAAGCUCUUGCUUUUGGGAUAACACCAGUGAUGGAAGCUGCACUGUGAGAUGGGAGAAUAAGACGAUGUACUGUAUAGUCAGUGCCUUUGGACUGUCAAUUUAACUUUCUUGGAAUUAUACAGCCUUUAUUUUUUUCCCUACCUUUUCCAUUCCAUGUUUUAUCUACAUACUGUGAAUUCAACAAACUUUUAAAACAUUUUAAAAGUAUCUUACACUUUCAAAUGUAGGGGAAAAAAAUCCAAAAUGGCCACACUGUUACAUGGGUUGCAUACUUCACUUUGUUCACCCUAAAUUGACAUCCAGUAUUGGUACUUUGUCUUAACUCUUCAAUACUUCCAAGUAUUCAAAGGUGCUAAAAAUUACAUCUGCUGCAGCAUGACACUUUUCUAAUUUCUGAAAUGAUUUAUAACACACACUAACUUCUCACUUUAUACUUUUCUUAGUAGUAUAAUAAAUUAUUAAAAUCCAUAAA